GAUGUUAUACACGCACACGGGGGGUUUCAGUCGGUUCCAAUUUCCAAAUCCAGGACGACGGCAACACCAAAAAAAGAAAGUAAGAGAAGAUGGCAUCAGCGACAACAAGAGUGAUAUUUAGGGUAGUGGUCGGGAUUCUAGCCAUCCUCGUUCUCUUCUACGUGGGUCGUCCUCUCUACUGGAAAAUCUCCGCGACUGUUCAAGAGAUCCGCGAGAACAAACGCACCGUCAAACAAGGCAUUUCUCAGAUUGUCUUCGAAGCCCAGAAAUCGGUUGGCUGGUUUCACGACGAGUCUGGUUCUGGAGCCCGCCAGAAUCGGCGAGUCAGGUCGCUCUUUUGAUUUUUAAACCCUUUUCUUUUAUUUUUUAAUUAGUGCUUAAUAAAUUAUUAUUAUUAUGUGUAAGAUCUGCUUCUUUGGUGUACUGUAAUGGUUUACGAAGGGUUUUAUUGAAAUAAUAAAAGAGUAACUGAACUAAUUAGAAAUAAAUACAUCAAUAAAAUUAUCAGUGCUUGCUUUUGCUUGAUUUAA